AUGUCUCUGACACCUCUUGCCUCACCUCUACCUGUUAAAAGUGAAGAAUUAACUUGUCUUUGGGAUCAAUGUUUUCGUACCUUUGACGAUCCUGAAUUACUUUACGGUCACUUAGCUCAUGACCAUGUUGGUCGCAAAUCAACCGGUAACUUGUGCCUUAGUUGUCAUUGGGAUAAAUGUGAAGUGGUAACCACGAAAAGAGAUCAUAUCACUAGUCAUUUGAGAGUUCAUGUUCCUCUUAAACCGCACGUCUGUGAAAUUUGUAAAAAAGCUUUUAAACGCCCUCAAGAUUUAAAGAAACAUGAAAAGAUUCAUACUGAUCAACAUCAACAAGCGAUUACAAUGGGAAGAAUUAAUAGAGCUAAAUCUCUUCAACCCCCCACUCCACCUCAUUGUUGUUCUUCCUCUGAACAUUCACCAUCAAUAUCAUCUGUUUCUUCACCUCAUCAUAUUCCUCUCUCGCCUGGUAACAGUGUAACCUCGGAAUUAAAUAAUGAUUAUUCAUCAUCAAACUAUGAAAAUUAUGAUGUUUAUUCCCAAUUUGCUAAUGGGGAAUUAUAUGACUUAAACACUUAUUUAAUGGACUCUACAAACGGUUUAAAUAAUUAUAAUCGUUCAAGCAAUAAACGUAGUGUUGAUAUGUUUGAUGGUUUCGUUCAAGACGUUAAAAGGAAACGAAUUGAACCUCAUUACGAUGAUGUUUUGUUUAGAAAAUUGGAGGAUUUGUCGAAGGUCAUUGAUCAAAAUGGAUUGGAGUUUGAUUCGCUUCCAUCUCUUAAUACUAAAGAGGAUUUUAAUGAAAUCAAUGACUUUUUCGCUAAUACCUUGAAAGAAAUUAGUCCUGAACUCAUAUUGAAUGAUCUUGCUUUGGGUUUAGACAAUCCAUAUAAUUCAAAUGUUCAAUUAGUGCCACUUCCCCUUAAUACUUAUCCGGCUGAUGCUGAUGCGAAUGGCUUUUUAAGUUUAGAUGAGAAUAAUACCGUUGAUAAUGUUUUAUAUUCUUCUAAUUAUCCUACAAGUGUUAACCCUCCCGUUAGUAAUUUACAUGAUGGUGCUUUUCAAACUGCUUUAUCAAAUAUUUCUACUACCAUUCCAACUACUUCAACUCUUUAUAAUCCCAAUAAUAUUCCAUCUCCACCGGAAGAUUCAAAAUAUCCUUGGAAUGCAAUGGGUUUGAUGUAUGUGCCUGAUAUAGCUAAUCCAAUGACUUCCACCACUUCUACUACGACACCUACUUUACCUUCUCAAAUGUUUCCUGCACAAUCUCUUAUUUUUGCUACUGGAGCUGGUUAUGAAAAUCAUGUUUCAUUAUCUCAAACAUCGGAAUAUCUCGAUGUGGGUCAGGAGUUGACUCCUCAUCAACAACAUGUUGAAAUUCAAAAAAAUCCCCCAACUAAACCUUCUUUACAAGAGGCAAUUUCGCAAUCGAGCAAAAUUCGUGCGAGCACUACUACCGCAGAAAAUAAUAAAUCACAAAAGAAAAGUACUAGUAGUUCUGGAGGAAAUGAAGAGAAGGAUGUAAAAUCAUCUGGAAUUAUGACACAUGCUUCUCAUCAAAGAAAUCAAGAAGACGUUAUGGUGGGGAAGGAUAAUACAGAAGAGAUGAAUGAUCUUAUGGAUCAAUUAUCCAAGGAUUUAUAUAACAUCGAGAUAACAGAUGAUGAUCCCGUUGCUCAAUCUUCACCUGUUGAAAAUGUUGAAUUAAAAGCUAAGCAUAAUUAUGACCAGGGUGAUUAA